AUGGCCCCCUCUAUUUUAUCCCCUGCCCCGACGACCAACGUCACCUCCCCCCUUUCUCCUAGCAUUCUGUCUAAGUCUCGACGGACUUCGGGCUUCCUUGACAGCGAUAGCAUUUCCAACCAUGGCAUGUCUCGUUCAGUCACUUCUCGACGGGUAUCUUCCCGCAAGUUCCAGUCUUUCGAGACCUCCAAUAUAUCAAAUGUUGUGUAUUCCCUGAAGCGUCGCAGUGGGGAUGAGCUAGGCGCUACGGCGUCCUCCAAGCUCUUGAACGCGACUCAUGCCUCGCUGAUAGAUUGGAUUCGAACUCAGCGCAUGAGUUUGCUACCUCCUGAGGGUAGCAGCUAUGAUAAAGUGUUGGCGUGGGCACAGCUAUUUGUUGAGAGACUACACUCCUUUGACUUGGCCAUCGAAGAGUUCGCUGGCGACAGCUACCUCGCCGCUCAGCUCGCCUACGGCUACUGCGCUUUGCUCCUUGAGCUUGGCAAGGAUAAUGAUAGUGCUUUGAUGAUCUCAUUUGGAUUCUUCUACAGCACCUCCAUGGUGCUGGUGAAUUUACUUGAGCGCAUCGAGCUAUUUACUGUUACUCAAGAAAUUCGCGAACAGCUCGUUCUGGCUCUGGCAGACCUUGUGACACUGGUCGCCAGCGUUGCCACUUACUUCCACCAGGCUAUCCGUGGGAUGACUGGGAACUCAGCUACCGUCAACAUUUAUGCCAAGUUCCCUGGCCAGAUCCAAGCCUUCCGCAGUCGUUGCGAGAAGAUUUCUGAGUCCAUGUGGAGACAUCAGCUUCUGAAGGAAAACCUUGAUGGAGCGAGAGUUUCUGAGGUCAAGACCAUCCGCGCCUGGCUCGCGCCGGAAGAUUCUGUUCUUGCCAAUGUCGCCGAGACCACCUCUCAUCUUGCUCACGACCGCGAGGAAAUGACCUGUGUUUGGGUCGGUCCUCAUCUCACCCGCUUCUUGAGAAAUCAUCAGCAAAGGACUUUCGCCAUCACAGGGAAGCCUGGCUCUGGCAAGACUGUUCUGUCUUCCGUCAUCGUUGACCACCUUCAACACCCCAUCGGUGGUGUCAUGCACAAGACGUUGUACAUCCCCAUCAAUGGUCGCCUCCCUGCUGAGACAAGGCCCCGUGCUAUUGUUAAGACUAUUCUCUUCCAGCUGUUCGAGAAGCGGAUCGGAAAUAUUCAGCUCUUCCAAAUUCUCUUCGACGUUCAUGAGCGCAGCAAGAAGGCCUCCAAUGAUAAUGACUAUGACAACAUUCUCUGGAAUGCCUUGGAACGUGCGCUGGCUGCUGCCUUGAAGGGUGCCAAGGAGCUUGUUAUCGUCAUUGACGGUGUUGAUGAGGCUUCUUGCGAUGAGGCUGUCCUCCUGCAGAAACUGACCAGCGCCAUCUCCAAGGCUUCAAAUGUGAAGCUGAUCACCCUUGGUGCUCAGGAUCCUCCUAGUCUUCCCGGCCUGCGUCACUACCGCAUCACUGAUGAUGGUAUCUAUGAGGAUAUCUGCGCCGUUGUGAGGGGUCAGUUUGAGAGAUUUGAUGCCUACAAUAGCCUUGACGAAAUGGAGCAAUCCAUCAUCGUUAGCCGCCUCACUAGUGCUUCAAAGGGAUCCUUUCUCUGGGCUAAACUUGCGAGUAAGCGAGUUCGCGAUGUGGAGAAUGCGGAGAAUCUUCGCAAGGCCGUUGAUACUCUUGCGAACGCGAAGCCAACCAUCACCGAUUUGGUCUUGCAGAUCUUGAACGAUUUGCCCCAGUCCCAAACCCGGGAAGAUGCUAAAUUGAUGUUGUUGUGGCUUGCCACAGCCGACCGACCCCUCUUGGUAAAGGAACUGAAGGCCCUGGCUUCUAUCCAGCCAGAGAAGCAGACUGUUACCGAAUACACCGAGGAACCUCUGAGAGUUUUGCAUCCAGUGAACUCCCUGGUGUUUCUUCAGGAGGGUCAGGUCUUUCUCCGCCACAGCCUCAUUCGCACCGCUAUCUUGGAUAUCUUUUCCAAGGGCAAAUUGGUACCUGCUGUUAAGGACCGCCAUGCCGAUCUUGUCACCAGACUCUUGGUCUAUAUCAAGACUACUGUUACCCAGCCGCAUGAGCCUUCUAUUACACCUCUUGACUGGCAUGACGUCAAUCCCCUCAUUAACAAGCAUCCAUUGCUUGAUUUCGCCGUUCGCUACUGGAUCACGCAUUUCAGACAGACGAGCGUAUUUGUCAACAACGGUGAGGCCCCUGCUGCCAAGGAGUUCGCUAAGCUUUUUCCUUCUUCGAUUACCGUUUUCCUCCUACAAAACACUCUCUGGGAGAAUAGACCGACUCCAGAGUUGUUGAUCUUCACCACCACCGUCACCAACGUCUGCCGCCAGAUUUUGACCAGCAAUCAUGUGGUGACCCUCCAGCUGAUCAUUACUCUGGCAUUCCUGUAUCGCCAGCUCGAUUAUAUUCCGGAGGCUGUCCCCCUUUUUCAUGAGGCGACUAUCAUCAGUCGCACACUGCUCACAACUCGCCAUCUGGUUACCAUGAAAAUGGCUACCACCUUCCUUGAGGUCACAACGCAGAGAGUCACUAGCACUAAGACCGAAAUCAUGACCAAGAGAGAGGAGAUACUUCUUGUACUGGUUGAGUGCUACAAGCACCACUAUGGAAACACCCAUGAGAAUGUGAUCAACACCUUGAAGCAGCUGGUGGAGCACUACCGCCUCAUCAAGGAAGAGAAAAAGGCCGAGGAGAUUACGGUCACCAUUCAGCAAAUCAGCGGGGAAUAUAGCCAGGGUCGGAAUAUCCAUGGCGAUGUCAGUGUGCACCUAAAGGGCAGUAACGGGGUCGCCGUUCCAGGCGGUCCCACUCUACUGCUAGACAUUGAGGAACAUGACCAGUUGAUCGAGGUUGAGGCUUGGAACUUUGAAAGUUUGAUCAAGCGGGCCGAGGAAUACUUUGCGGAGGGUAAGUUUGAGGUGGCUGAACGCACCUAUGUCGAGAUAUGGCAACGUUUGAGUCGGGAGUCCCGCCUUCAGCAUUCCACCCAGGCCGAAGAGCGUAAGAUCCAAUCGGUUCUUGCCUACGCCAAAUUUUUGAAGAUACAGAAGAGGGAACAUGAGGCCUCUUCCAUUCUCUCCAGCGUCUGGCAAGAGUACCAGCAGACAAGUAUGGCCUUGUCCGAGACCUCAGUGUUCCAACUCCAGGAAUUUGCCAAAGUCAUGAAGACUGUUGGUCUGACUACGUUGGCUUUGACUGUGUUCAAACACUGCUCGCACUAUUAUCAGAGUACCAACCGCACCCAGUCUUCGACCUACCAAGAAAUCCAGCAGAGUAUUCAGACCACCUCUAAGGAAGUUAUGCAGUCUUUUAGCUCUUCUUCCACAACGGUGACCUCUGAAACCACCCUGGAGGAGAUGGUUUACGAAGCAUCCACCUCAAUCGCCACUGUCGACCAGACAUCCUUCAGUGCCACACAGACUCUGAUCAGCUUGUAUGUUGAGCAGCGCCGCUGGCAGGAUGCGACUCGCGUCAUCAAGAAGGUCUUGCACGGUGUCUGGCCUUCACUCUUUGCCCCCUCCCUGCAGGAUGUCAACCUCCCUACGAAGCACGUGGAGAGUUGCAUUGAGCUGGCUGAGCGACUCAGUCACUGCUAUCAUUCUCGACGUCGCUUCACUAAGGAAGAAGAUAUCCACGUUCGCCUCUAUCGCGCUGUUCGCUCGGGUCGCAAGGUUGAUGACAAGCUGCGGGAGCGCAUCACCAACGAGCUUCUACGGCUCUUUCAGCGCACUGCACAGACUGACAAGAUCAUCAACCUUCGCCAGGAGACUUUGAAUGACUAUACCAAGCACUAUGGUCCUGAGAAUCCACUGGUUGUCAAGAUUCUCUGGACCUUGGCUGAGCUUACUCGCCCUCGACCGGUCUUCGUCGAUUACUAUCUGCAGAUCAUUCGUAUCUUGAAUAAAGACUCCCCUGUCUCCCAUCCCGAAGCCCUUGAGCCCCUCGUUAUUGUUUCCACUGAGCUCUGGAAACAGGGCCGCUACUCGGAUGCUCUUCACCAUUACCAGAUCAUUUUCACCACGUUUUUGAAUGAGCCAAAGCUCAAUGCCAAGUUCCAGGACCAGACCUUUGUGCAUGAAUUCUUUGAGCGCUACACUCACUGCCUGCGCAGUGUUCGUACCGAGUUUACUGUACUCCACCAGGUGACCGUUGAUUACCAGACCAAAUGCAAGGCCGUGUUCAGUGCCACAGCUUCCAUCACUCUCAAGGCUACUCUGACGCUUGCCAAGUUGUGCCAGGAGUCGAAGCGCUAUGAGCUCGAGGCUAUCGCGUUAUAUGAGGAGCUGCUCAAGACCAAGUCUGAGGAACUUGACCUGCUGGAGAUCUCUUCUACCUUAGAUGCUAUUGUUGAGGAGCAGGCCGCCAUUGUCAACUCGAGUAAGACUGAGUCUCUCUCGUCAGCUCAGGUCGAGCGUGCCGUCAAGGUGUGGAGAAAACGGAUUACCACUGUCCGGGAGACUCACGGCUGGGCCCACGAAGAAUCCCUCACCAAGAUGGAGGAAAUCAUUAAGUUCCAUGCCCAGCGCAAUGAGACUCAGACCGUGGUGCAGGAGCUCAAGGAAGCGACUGUGCAGAUACUGUCCACCGAGACCUCGGCGACGCGCCUGAUCGCAGCUGCUACGACCAUCGCAUCUAGCUACAUUGCGACGAACCAGAUCCAGAAGGCCACAGAGCUGACUCAGGAGAUCUAUCGUCAGAUCGUGAUGAAGGACACUAGUAACUCCAAGUCUGUUCAGUUUGAUCUUUCCUCCAAAGAGCGCCAGAGCUUGACUUUCUUGGCUCAGCUCGAGUACAGCCUGCGCCGUAGCUCAUCGACCACGAUCACCGAGAUUUUGGCCGCACUGACUACCGAGUAUGUCUACUUUGAAGAAUUCCGAAAGGAGAUCAAGUCCAAGAGCAGCUUCCAUAGUAUCUCUGUUACCACCGCUCGCCUCUACCAGUUCCUUGUUGCACGCGAGCGCCACACUGCCGCCGCUCGCGUGUUCGAUGAUUUCGUUGCUUACUUUAUUGAUACUGAGGGCAAACGCGUGCAGUUGACCGAGGUCUCCCAGGUCAAGAUCUUUGUGCUGUCUAUCCUGGAUCACUUCAGCACUCAUCAGUCGGAUAACUUCAUCCGGUCGGUGGGUAUCACUAGCAACGACCAUGUCAUCGAACUGCUGAAGAACCAGAGGUGGGAGACUGCCAGUGACCUUGCCCUAGCCGCCUACAAGUAUAUCAUCGCUCACGAUAGCUACCACACCCCUGAAAUUGUCAAAUUUGUUUUCACCCUCGGUUUGAACAUUGCUGGUCGUGAUCUCGCGACUCGUCCCGAUGAAGCCACCCGCAAGAAGCUGCUUGGAGUUUCUGGUAUGAUAAUUAAGGAUGCUCUCCGCGUGAUCACUAGCUUGAAGCUCAACUUGGCUGGUGUCAGCCUUGUUCAUCUGAACAAGUUAAUUGGUCUGCUUGGCGAGCAGCAGGACUACCACACUCUGGCCUGGCUGCUAACCAUUCUUUGGAACAGCCGCGAGGCGCAACGCAGCUGGCCUACUUCCAUCACUCUUGCUCUGGGACGUCGCUUCAUCAUGGCCCGUUACUUAGUUGGUGACUAUUCCGCUGCUCUUCGGCUGGCGGAGGAUAUCGUUUAUAACUGCCGUCGUGUACACGGACCUCGUCACGUCAGCACACUCGAGAUGUCAAUACUUUUGUCACAGCUGUAUACCGGUAACGCUCAGCGCUACCAGGCAGAGAAGAACGGUCAGGAAAUUGCCAACCGAUUCUACAAGAAGAGCGCCGCCGUGCACGAAAACAUCCUCCGUGUGUUCAGUGAUCCUGACUAUGCCGAGCUGGAAGGUAUCGAUAGCAGUGGAAGCUUUGACGGUUCCACCUACGACGAGAUGGAUGGCGCCGAGGAGCACAAUGGCGCUGUGGCUGGUGGCGAGCAUGUUCGCCAGCACCUACAUCUCCUCAAGCUCUCCGUUGAGCGCCUCGGCGACUGGCCUAAAGACUACAAUGAGUACGAGAAGCUGAACGCAGACAUAUUCAGAGAGUAUGGCGAGCACUUGACAGGAGUGGAGGGCGUUGAGAAGUGGAGCCUGAAGAACUUUGGUGCUGGCAAGGCCGAGGGUAACGAGGAUACGUUGGAUUUGAAGUUCAAGACUUGGGAGCUUGUGGAUACUCAGCAGCAUGUCUAUUGA